AUGAAGUUCGGAGAGCAAUUGGCCAGCCACCUGACACCGGAGUGGCGCAAGCAGUACAUCGACUAUGAGCGGCUGAAGAACCUUCUCUACGACAACAUGAUGGAGGUGCCGGCGGACGACGACCGUCGCGAGGAGCACAUCUCCCGCAUCGACGAGCAGUUCUUCAACGAGUGCGACCAGGAACUCACCAAGAUAAAUCUCUUUUUUUCUCAAAAAAUCGCCGAGGCCCAAGGGAAGUUCUACGAACUGCAGACAGAACUACAAACCUACAAAGAAAUGCUCGAAUCUCGGAAAGAACCUGCUUCGCGGCGAAGAUUCGGAGGGAAAGACAAGAUGCACAAAGAGGCGACGCGUAACGAGCAGCAACUGAAACUUGCCUUCUCCGAGUUCUACCUGGGUCUCGUUUUGGUGCAGAACUACCAGCAACUCAAUGGAACUGGUUUCCGGAAGAUUCUCAAAAAGCACGACAAACUGGCAAAUAACGAACGAGGCUUGGACUGGCGUAUCAACAAAGUCGAGAAAAGUUCUUUUUUCCUCAAUCGCGAAAUCGAAACCUUGAUCAACAACGUGGAAACGAGCGUAAUCAACGAGCUGGAAGCUGGAAAUCGACAAGCUGGAAUGAAAAGACUGAAAGUCCCGCCACUUUCGGAGAAGCAGAGACCUGUAACAACCUUCACUCUUGGCCUUUUUCUUGGCGCCAGCGCGAUACUUCUCGUGACAAUUGCUCUAACGUGGUGGGGCAUGCCGCCGCGGCAGAACGAACCAAAAUGGGUGGCUGUUCGGCUUUUCCGUGGACCUCUUCUCAUCUUCCUUUCCAUCUUCCUAUGUGGCGUCAACAUGGCUGGUUGGGCAAGCGCCGGUGUCAACCACGUCUUAAUUUUCGAAGUCGACCCGAGGAAUCAUCUUUCCUAUCAGACACUCAUGCAAAUAGCCUCGUUCAUGAUCAUGGUGUGGUCCAUCGCUGUGCUUGUGUAUCAGUACGCUCACCUGCUCCACAUUCCACCGUUUGCUGCACCUCUUGGCCUGAUGAUUUUCUGCUGCUUGGUGCUUUUCAACCCGAUAAAAAGUCCCAACUACAUCUUCCACCGGGACUCCCGCUUCUGGCUCAUUCGACACUUCGUAAAGUGUGCUUCAGCGCCUUUCCAUUUCGUCACUUUCACGGACUUCUGGCUUGGAGAUCAAAUGAACUCUCUGACGACAGCAUUCUUGGACCUUCAAUACUUUUUGUGCUUCUACUCGAUGGAGGUAGAUUAUUCAAACUACGGAUUAGAUGUACGAGCUGUCAACUCGACGUCGGGAGCCAUUCCUUGGGGCUUCGUCGAUAUCAACACUGGCAAGGACAUGUGCACGUCUGAGCCCUGGAUGCGUGGAUUCGUUUCCAUCAUUCCAGCUUUCAUCCGGCUGAUGCAGUGCUUCCGGAGAUACCGCGACACAGGAAGAGUUCACCCUCAUCUCGUCAAUGCUGGCAAAUAUUCGACCACCAUCCUCGUCGUUAUCUGUGGCGCUCUCAAUAAAAAGUUCGAGAAAGACGAUCCUAACAUGACUUCUUUCGUUUUCUACGUCUGGAUCGCCUCUUACAUUUUCUCAUUCACCUAUACUUUCCUUUGGGAUGUUUUCAUGGAUUGGGGAUUGAUCGACCCUAGAGCUCCAAAAGAAGCGCCGUUUUUACGAGAAGAGAUGAUCUACGGAAGUAAAUUCUACUACUACGCUGCAAUUCUACAAGAUUUCGUGCUUCGUCUUUCCUGGGUGCUAAAUGUGUCUCUUGGCGAGGCAUGGACGCUUGAUUCGGAUUUCCUCACCACGGUAACCGCUCCCUUCGAGGUUUUCCGUCGCUUCAUCUGGAACUACUUUCGGCUUGAAAACGAGCAUGUCAACAAUUGUGGUCAAUUCCGUGCCGUUAGAGACAUUUCUAUCAAACCCAUUCGCAAAGGAGAUCUUGAGUCGCUGCUCUCGAAGAUUGAUCAGAUCGACGGCGUCACUCAUCGUGGACACGACCUGAUGGAAAGAGUUAAGAAGCAGAAGAAAGCUGCCAAAUCUACUCGUCAACUUCUUCGAAAAACGCGUUUCAACCGCCUUAUCUCGACUGCCCCCAUUGCCACAACUCUGGUUGAAACCUCGCACUAACUUUUUUGCCUCGAUAUAACUCAUGAGAAGUUUUAAUUUUAUUCUAGUCAUUCUUCAAUCAAUUUUCUUGUCCCUCUUUCAUAUGCUGUCCCUGUGUUCAAGGCUUACAACUUUCGAACGUGUACUAAGUUUCAUAACAAUACUUGCUGUAACAUCAACAUUCCUGCUCAACUUAACUAGACAUUCCUUUAUUCUUACUGUUGUAUGAUAAAGAAAACUUACAAAUUGUUAUUUCUGUCCAUUGAAAGCGUGGAAACCAAUUUAAUUUCUAAAAGUGCUAUAUAAUUAAUUCAGGUCAUCCAAUGUGCUCAAGAAGGAUACGCAAGCACGGGAGUCGAACUAAACUCUGUCCUCGUCUUGUAUUCCAAAUAUCGUUCUCUUCAAAUCGGCGUCCAAUCCCGGGCGAAGUUUGUCAGAAAAGACAUUUUCAAAACAGAUCUCAACCCUUACGCAACAGCAGUGAUUUUUGGAGCUGAGAGCCUUGUAAGUGCAGAAAAAUAUAUUCAACGAUAACAAGAACUGUUUCAAGAUGGGAGAUCUUGUCCCAAAACUGAGUGAAAUGCGUGUGGGAACUCACUUGCUCGCCUGUCGGUUUCCUCUCCCAGAGAGUAAUUUUUGGCAUUUGGUAUGGUUUAUGGUUGAAUCUAGCGUUUUCCUAAUUUUCUAAUUUCAGAAAGACCAGAUCGGAGAAGGAAUCGAUGCAGUUUGGGUAUACGAGAGAGUUGUUGAAGCGAAAUAAAUUUUUUUUUUCAUAAUUUGUUUGCUUUUUUUUCGAAGUUAGCCUGUAGAAAUAAAAUUCCAUUCGGCUUUUUCUUUUUGGAUUACUCGAAUUUAUCGAAAAAAUAAUCUACCUUCCCGUUAAUUUUUUUUUCUCAAAAAAUCGCCCUAUCUCAAUGCAGAUGAUUUUACGGACAGCUCUUCCUGCCGUUCAAGCAUUCAGGAGCAGGGCAACUUACUUUCAAAAAAAUAAGCGGUUCCCACCAGCUUUCAUAAGGUGUUUAUUUGGAAGGAAAUUAAAAGAAAAAAGAGAAUUUUAACAGGAGAUUUUUCUUACGUUAUCCACAUGCACACCUGUACAUCGUUUUUGGUCUUUGUUCUUCUGCAAUGAUUUCUCCCGUCUUGCACUCGGUACGAAGUUUGUGUAUAUCCGAGUAACUUUUUUUCAGUGUUAUAUGUACAUGACGAUGACUAAAUUCGAAUUUGAACAGUACAAGUUAGACAGGUCGGCGUUGGUCCGUGAAAGACAGAAAUUCGGUUGGUUAUCUUUAAUCUAAGGUUAUAAUGUUAAUUCUUGUAUUAUCUCUCGUUCUCCACUGGCGCAACUUGAUUUUUUGGGUGCUAAGUUUAACUCGGAAAAAAUGUUCACCGGGAUCAUAAUAUUGGAAGUUAACGGUCCUCGGAAUUCUGUUUUCGCUAGUUUUCACAACAGUACAUGCAAAAAAAAAGAAAAGGAAAAAGAGGUCCCAAUAACUUUUGAAAAGUAGGGAACCAGAGUAGGAAAAAAAUUACUUGAGCAUAUUCUAGAUUAAAGCUUUGAACCUAAUUUUACAUUGGAGCUUAGUACGUCCACAGAAGUGUUUUCUCAUUAUUAAUCCUUGAAUGUAUGUGUUUAGAAGUACUCAUAUUAGAAGAAAAAAGGAAAUUACAAGAUCUUGACAUUUUUUUUCAAAUUCGAAAGAAACGGCUUUGAAGAAAAAUAUUUGUGUGCCUUGAAAUGGUUCGAUUUUUGCAGGCAAAAGCCUCUGGAUCCCAUUUUGGUCUAACUCGGAGGCGCCGCAGCCGAGCACGCAAACUGAAUAA